GUAUUUGAGUUGGCGAAUGACGUUAAAAUGGCGCCACAACGAGUUCCGGUCGCGCUGGUUGUCGGGUGAAUUCCACGGGCGAGUUUAUGGAGGAAACAAAAAAUUAUGUCUACCCAUGAGACGGUCGAGACCUCCGAUAAUCCAACCAUACAACAAGAUUUUGCGCUCCUUCAAGGACUUGAGGCGACUACAAACUGUAUCGCUUGUCCCGUUUCGCAGGACAAUUCAGGGGAUAUAUUAGAAUGUCUUUCUGUAAUGGUGAACGACGAAGAAUCGGAAAAUGGACAGGUUCAAGAGCUCGUACUUGACGAUCAAUUACUCGGCACAACGUUCACAGCGAUUACUUUGCCUGACGGCACGCAGGCUUUUGUUACAGAAAACUAUGAAGAAGAUGAAUCCGAAGAGUACAAAGAUGAAGAAUCGGCAAUGGAACUGGAAGGUGGGGGGACAAUUUUGUUGCAAGAUUUGACAGAGUUAACGGAUGCAAAAACACUGAAAUUUCAACUGGAUCCAUCUUCAUUUCUACAAACACAAUUGGCUGCUUCCGAUGAGCAAAGUGAAAAUAGUUACCCACAGGUUGAACUUAUCAAUGGGACUGCAUAUAUGGUCACUGGACAUGUCGACGUUGAUGAGGGACUGUGGGAGAUUGCUGAAGAAACUUUGAAAGAAGACGAAUCAAAGAAGAUUGUGAUAAAUAAACUGUCCGAGGCGAAAUUGAGGAACCAACAUCCCUGUCCGAGGGAAGGUUGUACGAAAGUGUACAGCACGCCUCAUCAUUUAAAGGUCCAUGAACGCUCUCACACAGGUCAAAGACCCUACAGGUGCUCACAUUCGAAAUGUAAGAAAAGCUUUUCAACUGGGUACAGCCUCAAAGCACAUUUACGAACACACACUGGCGAAAAGCCCUACAAAUGUCCAACCGAUGAUUGUAACAAGAGUUUCAAAACCUCGGGUGAUUUGUUGAAACAUGUUAGAACGCAUACUGGGGAACGACCAUUUGUUUGUCCAUUCGACGGAUGUGGUCGAUCAUUCACCACGAGUAAUAUUAGAAAGGUUCACGUGAGAACACAUACCGGGGAGCGACCAUACAAAUGUACUCAUCCAAAAUGUGGGAAGGCCUUUGCAAGUGCGACAAACUAUAAAAAUCACAUAAGGAUUCACUCGGGCGAAAAGCCAUACGUCUGUUCAAUCGAAAAUUGUGGCAGACGUUUCACCGAAUAUUCUAGUCUCUACAAACAUCAUUUGGUCCACACGCAGCAGAGGCCAUUUGAAUGUAAAAUUUGCUUCAGAAGAUACAGGCAAGGAAGCACACUUGUGAUGCACAAGAGAACAGCCCAUGCACUAGUUGAAAAUGAAGACGGCGUUGACAUUUAUUUGAAAGAUGCCCUAGAUUUGGCAAAUCAAACCAAAGGAAAACGAAAAAUUUCUACUAUACCAAAUCAGCUGAUGUUCGAGAUAAAUGGACAAAUCAAAAUAUCAGAUGGAACGGAAAACUCAACAGAUAAUGAAACCCAAAUACUUUUAGUUGGCGAUCCGUCGCAAAUUGCAGCACUUCAGGCCAUAGACCUGGCGGACUUCCGCAUUCCACCGGAUCUCCAGCAUUAGACGAUGUGGAUGAUGAAUCAUCCUUGCACCUUGAUGUAUAAUGUUGUGUUUGAAGAUUGAAAUUUGAUUGCGGCUUGCUAUUCAUAAGAAAAUAUUUCAUCUUCAGCUUAUCCCAUUUUUUUCACAGUAAUAUUACACUACAAUUGUACACUGAAGGUCAAAGGUGACCAUAUAGUAUUCAAAUUUCAUAAACAUCAUAAAAUAACUACUUCUCUUUGAUAUAAUUUUCUUUUCCUUGCGUGUCUCAUAUUCAGGCAGUAAUAAGAUUUGUUAAACUAUAAGAAAUAUAUUCGGUAAGAUACUUUCAAUUAUGUCUUACAGGCUACUGAUAUCCCAACGUGACCACAAAAUUAGAGAGCUUAAGCACAGUUUGUAAAUAUCAUAACUUUUUGUUAUGAACAGCAUAUGCAACCGUCGAUAUUGGGGGGAUAAAGUUUUCAUCGUGAUUCUACAACUAUAUUACAUUUGGUAAAUACUUUUUUCCACGAAAACUGUUCUGAAUUUUGAGUCCCAAUGCAUAUAGUCGAUCAUUACAUCGCAAUAAAAUUGUAUAAAACUUUCCAUCAGUCAUUCUGCUUGUUGCAAUUGUUUCGAUGUAUACUUUGUCAUUCUUAUUUCAACCAAAAUGUAGCCAGCACUGGAAAGAUAUAAUGUGAAAAAAUUAAUACAAGGUUGUAUUGACCAAAUACAUUGAAUAUUUAUAUUCAAUAUUCUCUAUAUUUUCUUUGACAAAUCUGUGAGGACGUAUAAAAUGUAAAUGAAUAAAUAUGCCCUCGAUUUAUCCAGGAAUAGAAUAAACUAGAAUUUCAAGAUCAAGUUCUUUAUUUCUCAGUAUCUAAGAUACUGAGGUUGUGUAAGCAAAAGCACACAUAUUUAAAAAAUACUUCAAUAUAUCCUUACAGAUAAGCUUUAGUAAAAGUUGAAGAAUACUUGAGUAUUAAAACUAUCGACAUGAAACAUAUAAUAAUCUUGAUGCAUACAUGUUUGCAUUAUUGCAAUUAAAAUUGACUAUAUGAGUUACCUAAUUAUAAAACUGAAAGCCUCUUUCGCCAAUCAGCGAUCAGUCCAUAUACAUGACUCAGUAUUUGUGCAGAAAAAUUAUCCUAUACUGCACAUGUUAUAAUCCAACUAUUAGAAAUUACAGCAACUGAUAUGCAAGAUUUAAAUAUUAGAUACAGCAAAUAUUUUGACUAAUAAAAGCUUUUAAAUCACAGAAAAUUAACAAUC